UUACCUGGUUAUUGUCAGGACGGAUAGUGGUAGCAACAUAGAGCGUUACAAUGUUGAGACUGAAGUGGUGGAUGCAAUAAAAGCAGGAGGUGACUUUCCUCAGGAUGUUUCUGUUGAUGCUGAUAAUGGUGUAGUUUACUGGGUGAACGUCAUUGGUGGUUCUACGUUUAAAGUCAAGAGUACCUCGUAUGCUGGUGUAACAAUAGACUUGAAUAUUACGUAUACUGAGAGAAUCGAAAUAGCUCAAGACGAAGUUUACUUAUAUGUUCUGGUUGUUUCAAAUGAGACAAUCUAUAAAUAUAGGAAAAAUACAUGGGAGCAGAUGGGAAGUAUUGUUGUUCCUAGUGGUACGAGUGGAGUUGAAGUUGCAUUUG